AUGGAGGAUUAUUUUGUCGAAGACCUGAAGUACAACAAAGAUAUCUUUCGGCAUAGGUUCCGUAUGUCGAAACGUUUGUUUCUAAAAAUUGUGGCCGACGUGGAAGCGAACGACUCGUGGUUUCAAGAGGCCCUCGAUGCGCGAGGUAGGAAGGGCUUUACGCCGUUGCAAAAGGUGACAUCGGCUAUUAAACAACUAGCAACCGAAAGAACUUCCCGCGAGUGCCUAGAAUAUUUUUGCGACACGAGUAUCGAGGCCAAUAUAUGCGAGGAGAUCACCGAUACCCGACUGUUAUGCUCGAAACGGUUGCAUCUCAAGACUUAUGGUUUUGGCAUGCUUUUGCCGGUCCACCGGGUUCUCAAAACGAUAUCAAUGUACUACAACAAUCUCCCGGAACGAAAUGGAACCGCGCCAAAAUGUCCAUUUUACGUUAACAACCAUUUAUACAAACGUGGUUAUUUGCUCGCGGAUGGAAUCUACCCUUCAUGGUCCGUGCGUGUGAAGUCGAUCCCUUACCCUCACGAAGUAGACCAAAAGAAAUUCAAGAGGCAACAUGAGGCGACAAGAAAAGACGUCGAACGGGCUUUUGGUGUUUUGAAGGCGAAAUGGGGUGUAUUGAGUCGACCGAUGGGAGCAAGAUCUGUUAACAAAAUUAGGAGUGUUGUGUACACGUGUAUUAAUUUACACAACAUGAUUUUGAAAGAUGAUGGAAGGGCAAUAGCACCGGUGCACAUUCGGGAUUCUCCGGUCGAGCCCGCUCUAGACGAUACGGUGUUGGGCGAGUUGAUGGAUGAAGACACGCAUUGGAGACUAAAACAAGAUCUCAUAAAUUAUCUCACAAAUCAACAUUUACCCCACCUUUUGGUUGAUUCCGACGAAGACUAG